UCAGAGAGAUUCUAGAUCCGAUCAUUCCUCUUCCGUUGAGGUUACCUUGAGCGUUCCUCCUGCAACGCGGAGCCUGGAGGCGGUCCUCCUACCAUCCACCCGCUUCCUCCUCCUCUUACCACCUACCUUAUUAUCCUCCUCCUCUGGCUGCGGACCUCUCACAAAGGACCCCCCCCCUUAUAAACAGUUGGUAACAGCUAUUUUUUUAAAGGUAACAGCUAUAUGGUAUGGUCCCGCGUGAAGUCUGCAGCUACCAAUUCACCCAUCUCCGCGGGCGCGCCGCUCAGCACGGUAAGCAUGAGUUCCUUCCUUUAGCCUUUUCCUUUACCGAGUCACUAAUUCUCUGUUGUUUUAUAAGUGCAGGUCCAUAUACAUCCCAAGAUAACGAAGGUCGGAGAAUGGCCUUGACGAGCUUCGUCAAGUCCACGAAGACCCUCGCCGUCGACACCUUUCUCCAUCGUUGGUGUCGGCGCCUGACGGCUCUACUACCUAAACGGUAAGUGCAAUUUCCAGCUUUUUCUUUUCCCGGACAGUGCUGACCGGUUUUUUUGGCUUUGUUUUUUCCAGCUGUUUGUGCAGACCGUCGAAGGCGUCCAAGUGAAGACCGUCGAAGACAUCCAAGUGAAGGCCGUCGAAGACGUCCAAGUGAAGACCGUCCAAGACGUCCAAGUGAAGACCGUCCAAGACGUCCAAGUGAAGACCGUCCAAGACGUCCAAGUGAAGACCGUCCAAGACGUCCAAGUGAAGACCGUCCAAGACGUCCAAGUGAAGACCGUCCAAGACGUCCAAGUGAAGACCGUCCAAGACGUCCAAGUGAAGACCGUCCAAGACGUCCAAGUGAAGACCGUCCAAGACGUCCAAGUGAAGACCGUCCAAGUCGUCCAAGUGAAGACCGUCCAAGACGUCCAAGUGAAGACCGUCCAAGACGUCCAAGUGAAGACCGUCCAAGACGUCGAAGACCGUCCAAGACUUACGACUGCUCAAGGGGGGCCUGUACUAUCAAUUUCGUGCUUUUUUGCUUCUGCUUUUUUUUGUUUUCCCGUACUAACGUAUUUCGGUUGGCUCUAAGAUGCAGGUUUCGGCACGGGUGGAGGCUACGGACGUCAUGACUCCCUCCUCUCUCUCUCUCUUCCCCUCCUCCCGCCAUACCUCAGGUAUGCGCACAAGGGGGAGAGGAGAAUGGAUGGGCGGAAAGGUUAAGUAUGGGGACGGUACCUUACUGACGGCGUUACUACAGGCACGUUAUCUAGGACGAUCGCAGGGCGUUACCUAGGACGGAUCGCGUUACCGAAGGGCGUUACAUAGGACGAUCGCGUUACCGAAGGGCGUUACAUUGGACGACGCGUUACCGAACGGCGUUACAUAAGACGGUCGCGUUACCGAACGGCGUUACAUAGGACGAUCGCGUUACCGAACGGCGUUACAUAGGACGAUCGCGUUACCGAACGGCGUUACAUAGGACGAUCGCGUUACAGUAGGGACGGUCUCUCCUCGCAACCUCCUCUGCAGCUGCUCGUUACAAUCACCAUCGACCUUCGCCACUCUGCAGCAGCAGCACUCCUCUCUUCUCCCCAUGAGCAUGAGGCCUUCUUGAGGUGGUUUUCUGCCCGUGGCAGAACUAAUAAAUUUCCUUCUUUCCCCCCUUUUUUCCCGAGCGAAUGACCCCCACCUCAUCGUGGUGCUCGGGUGAACGCUAGGGGCUUGCCCCUAGUGGCCAAGAGGGGUCAAGUUGUAAGUUGCAGGUUGAGAAUAAGUGAGGCCAAGAGGGGUCAAGUUGUAAGUUGCAGGUUGAGAAUAAGUGACCCGCUGGGGUUAUGGUCGGAUAUGUAGGAUAUCUCUAGAAAUUGUCUUGAGAACUACUCUUAUGUAAGCCCAUUGUUUUAUAAGUGGCAUCCAAAUUGUCUCCAUGAUGAUAGCGGUGG